AUGUAUCCCCCGCUGAGCAACCACACACAACCGUCCUCCUCCGGCACCAAUCAUCUCUCGCCUCAAGUAAUGGCGCAUGAGUACCAUCAAGCCAUGGCAAGAUUUCACCACCGCGCUGCCCUCUUAGCUAUGCGCGCCCAGCGCGCACGCUUCCACCCACGUUUUUGUGAGGUGGUGGAAUCGAACAUCGAUCCGUCGCUCCGUGGACAGAGGUUGUGGGGAGAGACGCUAGCUCUGGAUGCCGGGGAAUAUGCCUGUGGGGGCGCCAUGGCGCCCCCUAUAGCAUGCGGUGUCGGAGGCGAGUACAGUGGGUGGGACGUGGAGGGGGGGAUCAUUGACCCCCGACUCCGCAGCCCAUCCAUCUUGGGACCUGCAGCCGCGGGGGAAACUAAUUUUCCCCACGGCCCCUCUGUUGGCUGUAUGGAUGGAAGCGCGGUGGGGAACAGGCCUGUAGGCGAGAGGCAGCAAUAUUCUAGUGAUUUGCAGGACUUCGUUAACCUUCUUGAACACCCCGAGCAACAAUGUUCGGAUAGUAAUGCAGACAACAUCACGACAGCCGAUACCACACCAGCUCCUCCUGUUAUCGCACAGCGCUGUAACGGCAUUGCUGCCGUCACAGCGCUUGUUCCGGAUGACGCACGCAUUCCUGUCGGCAUGGAGGAAGUUGCAGUGCCUGCCAAGAAGCGCCGCAUGCACCGCAAGAAGGUCACUCCCGCGGCAGGGAUCUCAGUAUCAGGACAGUCUGAUGCAGCUGGCUCCAAGAUUAACGCAGCGGCGACAGCGCAACGACCUUUAGUUGGGCGUCAGAAGAUAGCUGUUCCUGUCGAGGCGACCAGCGCCAGCGAGAAGGACACUCAAUCCGAUGGUUUGACGAAGAAAAAGAUAGCAACACGCCGCCAGGUCAGACGCAACACAUCUCCGGUCACGGCGCAGCCCACCACCGCACCCGCUCUCGCUGCGGCUCCCGUUCCGGCCUCAGAACUUGCUCCCGCCGCCCCCGCUGUUACAGUUCCAUUCCCGCACAUACCGCGCGGGAAGCGAGAUAAAUUUCCAGCCUGGUACCUGCAGAGCGCCUCCACCCCCAGCUCGCCCAGCGGCGACCAGCCCACCCAGCCUGUUAGGAGCGCAGCGGGAACCUAUCGAUGCGACGUUUGUCAGAAGGAAUGGCCGUGUCGUGCGGCGCUGCUCAGGCAUUCGUACAAGCAUACCAAGCAUCUGAGGUAUACCUGUGUGUGUGGGAAGGUGUUUACCCGCGGGGAUACGGUGAGGGUGCAUUGUAGAAAGAUGGGGUGUGAGUUUGUUGCGAGGGGGGGUGUUGAGGUGUAG